AACAAACCAAAACAAUCAACAUGCAAUUCUUCAUCUGCUUGGCUCUCUGUGUGGCUGUCGCUCAGGCGGGCUACCUGGCUGCUCCAGUUGCCACUUACGCUGCCGCUCCAGUGACUACAUAUGCUGCAGCAGCUCCUUUGGCCACCUAUGCCCGGACCGCCUACUCCGCUGCCGCUGUGCCCGCCGCCUACUCCACCUAUGGAGCUCAGGUAUAUGCCGCACCCUAUGCAGCCCCAUAUGCUGCCGCCACUUACGCUGCCUCCCCGUACGCUGCCACCACCUACGCUGCCUCCCCGUACGCUGCCACCACCUAUGCUGCCUCCCCGUAUGCUGCCACCACUUACGCUGCCUCGCCCUAUGGGGCACCCAUCUCUACCUAUGCUGCUCCAGCUGUCAUCAGCCCCUUCCUGAAGAAGAAGUAAAUGGGCAACUCGCUAAACGAUUCUCAAUUCACUGUUUUCAUUUUGCAUAAUUGAUCAU